CAACCGGGAAAUCGGGGACCCUGCGUCAGCUAAGACUGAGAGGUCUUUCACCAUACACGGCUCGUCAUAUACCGCAUUACAAAAAUGGCUGAUCAUCUUACAGAGGAGCAAAUUGCUGAAUUCAAGGAGGCGUUUUCGCUGUUUGACAAGGAUGGUGACGGUACCAUCACCACUAAGGAGUUGGGAACAGUCAUGAGGUCGCUUGGUCAGAACCCCACUGAGGCUGAGCUGCAGGACAUGAUCAACGAGGUUGAUGCCGAUGGCAAUGGAACCAUUGACUUCCCAGAGUUUUUGACGAUGAUGGCGAGAAAGAUGAAAGACACGGAUUCUGAGGAGGAGAUCAGAGAAGCGUUCAGAGUGUUCGACAAAGACGGCAACGGAUUCAUCAGUGCUGCUGAACUUCGUCACGUGAUGACCAACCUUGGUGAGAAGUUGACGGAUGAGGAAGUUGAUGAGAUGAUCAGAGAGGCUGACAUUGACGGAGAUGGGCAAGUUAAUUAUGAAGAAUUCGUGAGUAUGAUGCAGAGUACAGAGGCAAUUUUUUUAUUUCCUCAGGCUGACCAGCUGACAGAAGAGCAAAUUGCUGAAUUCAAGGAGGCGUUUUCGCUGUUUGACAAGGAUGGUGAUGGUACCAUCACCACCAAGGAGUUGGGAACAGUCAUGAGGUCACUUGGUCAGAACCCCACUGAGGCUGAGCUGCAGGACAUGAUCAACGAGGUUGACGCUGAUGGAAAUGGAACCAUUGACUUCCCAGAGUUUUUGACAAUGAUGGCUAGGAAGAUGAAGGACACAGACUCUGAGGAAGAGAUCAGAGAAGCUUUCAGAGUCUUUGACAAAGAUGGCAACGGAUUCAUUAGUGCUGCCGAGCUUCGUCAUGUAAUGACCAAUCUUGGUGAAAAGUUGACGGAUGAGGAAGUUGAUGAGAUGAUCAGAGAGGCUGACAUUGAUGGAGAUGGACAAGUCAACUACGAAGAGUUUGUAAAGAUGAUGACAUCAAAGUAAGUCUCCAGUGGCCAUGUAUACCAUCGGACGCAUUUUGUUAUGGAACAGUAGGUCUUUCCAUCAACUUGGCAGAAAGCUUGAAGUGUUCAUUAGAAAGAUCAUCUUGAAAAAUACAGUGUGCUGCAUUGAACCACGCAAGAGUUUGUAGCUUAAGAGUGAGACAAACAGCAACAUGCUCUUGCUGGACUCCCAUCUUCAGAUCUUGGCUUUUAAAAACGGUAAUUUUGCAUCAAGUUUGUAAAUUGUGAACAGUUUGCUUCUGCAUUAGCAAGACAGGUUUUUUCAUUUGUGAAUUUCAUGUAGUUGGUAGAAUUCUUCUUGAAUUUUAUACAAAAGGUAGGGUAUUUUUCUGCUCUCUUAUGUAAAUUUUGGAUGGAGGAAUCAUCUCUUUGUAAGUUGAUGCUCUUUACAUGUACAUGUAGUUUUUAAUUGAUGGGAUCUGGUGAUUCCAAAUCUGUCGAUUGUGAAAACUCCUGGCCUCAACAGGCAUCUUUGCUCCAGGAAACCCUUGUUACGUGAAGUUUAGCAUACAUGUACUGUGUUGCAGGGUGAAUGGAUGAAGAGCAGUCGUCAGACUAGAUCAGUCCAGUGAAGGGAAUUAACCCAGUGAUGGUAUUUAAAAUCCUAACAUGAAGCAGGCGGAUAAGAGCAAGUUGAGAAAUCUCCCGUGAUAAUUAUAUGAAACAAAAUCACCUAGGCCUAAAGUUAAAGUUGGCCUGUUGUUAAAGUAUAUAUUUUUGGUACUUUCCACAUUCAUAUUUUUCUUAUUUACGUAUAUAAUUAGCCAGAUACAUGCAGUGUAGUCACAGAAACAACGGAUGCUUAAGUUGAUGGUCGAAUUAAACUAUGCACAAAGCUUUUGUUCAAAGUUGGUUCCAUUUUCGUGUAGUGCCUUGGAGAAAAUAAUUAUUAUACCUAUUAUUCAUUGUUUUUCUCUUUGUUUGGAUUUUAUUAAAAUUCUUGACUCUAAAGUAUUCAAACCUCGGCUGAUUUGUCCACUUUUCGAUCAGAAUGUGGUCCAAAUGGAUAAAUACACAGUGGGCACUUGUAGAGGACAAUCUUGUAAUAAAAUUAUGUUGCAAGGAACAGA